UCCGAGUACCGGCCGCCGCCCGUCAUCAGUCGCCGUACCGCGCAGCCACGUAACCUCUACCUUCUUAGUUUUUAGUAGUCAGUAGUAGGGCACCCGCCGGUUUCACUUGUCUAGCAAUAACAAUUGUCUGUGCUUGUGUCCACAUAUAAUAACAUCCUGUGGAAUUAUAACAAUAAUAUCAAUAUUCAUCAUCAUCGUAAUAUUGUUUACUCCGAUAUACAUAUAUCUAUAUAUAUAUACAUAUAUAUACAUAUAUACAUAUAUAUAUACUACUCCGAUUUGUCGUCGGUUGCUACUACUGGUGGUGCUACUUUGGAGUUUAAAAAAAAUAAAUAAUUUGCCAGGAGCCAAUUGCACAGGAUAAAGAGAACUGAUCCUGAUACUGGUGCUGCUACGUAACUGGCGGGAUUGUAAUUGAUAUUUGUAAAUUGUGGACGCACACGGCGCGGACACGCGGGCCCUCGUUAACUCCUGCAGCAGACGCGCGCGCGCCGUGCUGUCGUCUGUCUCAGAGACUUAAACGAACUGAUUAACUAAUUAAUUGAUUGAUCGAUUGAUAUAUUAACUGAAUAAAUAGACAUUUAUAUUAAAUAAUAAUACGAUAAGUGAUUUGGUGGUGACUUGACGUCAAACCUCUUGGAGACAGACCCGGUGUCCAGGGAGUUGAGGGCGAUUCUGACGACUACGAGGACGAGAGCGUAACUCGUCGCGGCGGCUGCACGAGAGCAGGACAGGCGCACGCGAAUAGUCAGACUAGAGUCAAACAACAACAACAACAAUAACAAUAACCCAAGAGCAUUAGAUUGUGUGCCAAGGGUUCAAGGAUUCAAUAAGAAAUACUGUUGAUUAAUAAAUCGUAACAAGUGUUAUUGUAGAGAGGAUUUAAUUAUGGAGCAGCAGAGUCAAGAAAUAGUUGCAAGCGGAUCCAUGGCCGAGGUGCCCAACGAUCCAGGGAAAAUGUUCAUCGGUGGUCUCUCAUGGCAGACCAGUCCAGAGAGCCUGAGGGAGUAUUUUACCAAGUAUGGAGACAUCACAGAGGUUAUGGUGAUGAAGGAUCCAACCACACGUCGAUCAAGAGGUUUCGGAUUCAUCACGUUCGCAGAUCCAUCUAGCGUAGACAAAGUAUUAGCCCAGGGAAACCACGAGUUGGACGGCAAAAAGAUCGAUCCGAAAGUCGCGUUUCCGAGGAGGACACAUCCAAAGAUGGUGACAAGGACAAAGAAGAUAUUCGUCGGCGGACUGUCAGCGCCAACGACGCUGGAGGACGUCAAAAACUACUUCGAACAGUUUGGUCCGAUUGAGGACGCCAUGCUGAUGUUCGACAAGCAAACCAGCAGGCACAGAGGUUUUGGCUUCGUCACAUUUCAAAGCGAGGAUGUAGUCGACAAAGUAUGUGAAAUUCACUUCCACGAGAUCAACAACAAAAUGGUCGAGUGCAAGAAAGCACAGCCAAAAGAAGUGAUGCUCCCGGCAAAUUUGGCGAAGACGCGAGCGGCCGGCCGAGGUGCGUACGAUUUUAUGUGGUCCCUGGGAGCUCUACCUGAUGGUUUCCCAGCAGCAUAUGCAGCAUACGCAGCAGGCCGUACCUACUCUGGGUAUCCUAGUUUCGGACUACCCUACGCGACGGCAGGAGUGCCGGCGAUUUACUACCACGGGACAGGGGGUGAGAACGUGGGCCGCGUAUACUCGGAGACAAUGCAACAUGUACAACGGAGUGCACUGAGCAAGAAAUUGGAUCUUACCAACGGACAACUCACACCAAACAACAACACGCCUUUGCUAACGCAAGCUCUUUCUGUGAUGAACAACUACCAAGCAGCACAAGCCGGGUUUCAGCCAGCCUCACCACACGGAGCCGGAGGUCACGGCGGGCCCCAGGGCCGGUCAUUUCCUGCGGCCAACUCACCCGGGCCAAUAGACAUGUACAGUUCGAGCGCAGCAGCCGCAGUGGCAGCCGCAGCCGCGGACUCAGCAGUCGCCAGCUACGUACAGGCCGCAGCUAGUCCACAGCCCCCUACAACCGCGUUUCCCGCGAUCGCAGUAUCUCGCGCCCCGCUCAACUACAGUCCCGGUCCUCUGAUACCGGCGGCGUUCACUAAUGGCUACCAUUGAGCCUUGUUAAGACAACAAGAUGGACGAGAGGGCAACGCGCUAUUCCAUCAUUAACGGCACGAGAAAUGUGAACGCCUUGUAAAUUUGUGAGCUGGCUUCUGGACGACUGGAAUAAAUUUUUAUUUAAUUAUACCAUAUAAUUAUAAUUAUCUAUCACUAUAAUUAUUAUUAUUAUUAUUAUUAUUAUUAUUAUUAUUAUUACUAUUAA